AUGAGGAGCGGGCGCGGCGGCCGGCGGUGCCUGGGCGGGGAGCCGGGUUCGUGCGCCAUGAACCCCGAGCUGGCGAUGGAGCCGCUGGGCAGCCUGCACGGGGCGACGGGGCACGAGCCGGAGCUGAUGGGCAGCCCCAGCCCUCACCACGGCGGGCGCAGCGCGGGGCCGCUCCGGGUGCCGCCUCCCCCGCCGCCGCCGCCGCCGCCGCCGCCGCCGCACCAGGAGCUGCCCCCCGCCGCCCGGCCCGCCAUGGUGCCCAGCAUGGCCUCGCUGCUGGACGGCGCCGCCGAGUACCGGCCCGAGCUCUCCAUCCCGCUGCACCACGCCAUGAGCGUGCCCUGCGAGGCCUCGCCGCCCGGCAUGGGCAUGAGCGGCACCUACACCACGCUGACGCCGCUCCAGCCCCUGCCGCCCAUCUCCGCCGUCUCCGACAAGUUCCACCACCCGCACGCCCACCCGCACGCCCACCAUCACCACCACCACCAGCGCCUGCCGGGCAGCGCCGGCGGCGGCUUCGCGCUCAUGCGGGACGAGCGCGGGCUGCCGGCCGUCAACAGCCUCUACGGGCCCUACAAGGAGGUGCCGGCCGUGGGGCAGAGCCUCUCGCCGCUGGGCAACGGGCUGGGCCCGCUCCCUGGCGCCCAACAGGGCCUGCACGGCUACGGGCCGCCCGGCCACGACAAGAUGCUGAGCCCCAACUUCGAGGCGCACGCGGCGAUGCUGGCGCGGGGAGAGCAGCACCUGCCCCGGGGGCUGGGGACGCCCCCGGCCAUGCUGCCGCCCCUGAACGGCGCGCACCACCCCGCGCCCACCGGGCCGCCGCCGCCGCACGGCCCCGCGCUGCCCGCCGGCCGGGAGCGGCCGCCCCCCGCCGCCGGCCCGCAGGGGAGCGGCGCGGGGCAGCUGGAGGAGAUCAACACCAAGGAGGUGGCACAAAGGAUCACGGCGGAGCUGAAGCGCUACAGCAUCCCCCAGGCCAUCUUCGCCCAACGAGUGCUGUGCCGCUCCCAGGGGACCCUCUCGGACUUGCUGCGGAACCCCAAGCCUUGGAGUAAACUCAAGUCCGGCCGGGAGACGUUCCGCAGGAUGUGGAAGUGGCUGCAGGAGCCGGAGUUCCAGAGGAUGUCUGCCCUGCGGCUGGCAGCCUGCAAACGCAAAGAGCAAGAGCCCAACAAAGAGCGGAACAACUCCCAGAAGAAAUCCCGCCUGGUUUUCACGGACCUCCAGCGCCGAACGCUUUUCGCCAUCUUCAAGGAGAACAAGCGUCCCUCCAAAGAAAUGCAGAUCACCAUCUCCCAGCAGCUGGGCCUGGAGCUCACCACCGUCAGCAACUUCUUCAUGAACGCUCGCCGGCGCAGCCUGGAGAAGUGGCAGGACGACCUGAGCUCCGGGGGCUCCUCCUCGGCCCCCAGCACCUGCACCAAGGCGUGAGGGGCACGGCGCAGCCGGCACAGCGCAGAGAGAGCGGCUUCGCAGCGUGGCCCCUCGCUGGUGACCUAAAGCACAAUCCCCCCGCAAGCAACCCCAGCCCAGCCGUUCCCCAGGACAUCCCUCCGGCUUCUCGUCACUCUUAGCAGGCGCAGGCUCCGCAUUAACCUCUCUCCACACGAUGCUAUGCUCAGGACAGGCGAGGCAGGUCUGAAACGUAGGGGAGGCGUUCUUGAGGCAGGUUUCCCCCGAGCCCCAGGUUUCCGUGGCCGGCGCCCGCCGCGUGCUGGCCGCACCACCCUGCGGCCGCACGACAACGGAGCACAAAGUCGGAUACUAAAAACCCAAGACCCUGUUUUUAAACUCAGGCAUGGUUUUGUUAAGUGUUUUCGGGGGAAAAAAAAAAAAAUCAGAUUAAAGGGUUUUUUUUGUCGAUUUUUUAGUUUAAUUUAAUCAGCUUGUUCUCGGAUUAGAAAAGUUCAGUUCUCUUGAGCCCAAAGUAUCAAGCACAAAGCCCAGGGCGGCCGUGCCAGCUGCAGCCCAACGUCCCGGGAACACCGCAGAGACGGCACGAGCCUCAAGCACAGCUGGCAGUUCCUCACAGGCUCUGUGUUUGUACCCAGUGCACACUCAGGAGGUUGAUGGAACUGCUGCAGUUCGUGGAGCAAACACGAUGUUUUGGAAGAUCUAGAUGAAUUUACAUUAUUACAUCCUUUUUAGUUUCUGGGAAUCUGGUUUCUCCUCGGCAACAGCUGUUACCGAAACCUUUUUUAGCGUUCAGUGUAUUUUUUGUUCAUUUUAUCAGUAUUUUACAGUAACUUUCAAGCAGGGAAACAAACAGAAACAAGCCCUUCAGAUGCCACUGACCGUUUCAGAUGUGCCGCGUUUCGCUCUAUUGCAUCCCUAAGUUCCUUUUCCCUGCCGGCUCCCCGAGCCAGCAGGAACACAGCACACCAAAGAGACAGGAUUUCUGCAAGCCAAAGAUGUUUCUAACUCGCCAUUUCUCUUGUCGUGGCUG